ACCCCAUCCCAUUCCAUCCCAUCCCCUCCCAGCGCGCGCCGUGUCGAAUUGGCGCGUGCCCGUACAGAUUCCGAGCCGGCCUCCAGCGCCCAACUCAUCCGCCACGACCGCUGCCCGCCCCUCUGCUCGACGCGGCGUCUGAUGCGAGCCCGCUCCUGAGCCCAGCAUGGCGUCGAUAAUGGGCUGGUGGGCCGUCGGCCAGCUCCUCAAGCGAGACACGUCCGACGCAGACCCAGACGACGAACCCGAGGCGGGCCAGAAGGAGAUCUUCACCUCGUGGGCCCUGUCCAUCCUCAUCGUCCUGCUCAUCAUCGCCCUCUUCACCAGCUACAUCCUGCACACGCGCAAAAUCCAGGCCGUUCACGAAACGGUCCUGUCCAUCUUUGCCGGAAUGGUCGUUGGCCUCAUCCUCCGCCUCACCGCAGUCGCCUCGGUGCGAGAUGCCGUCAGCUUUGACUAUCAAAUGUUCUUCAACCUGCUCCUGCCGCCCAUCAUCCUUUCCGCCGGCUACGAAUUGCAUCAAGGGAACUUCUUCCGCCAUAUCGGCACCAUCCUCACCUUUGCCUUUGCAGGCACAUUCAUCUCCGCCCUCGUUCUCGGCCUCAUCUUGUUCCUCUGGACCAGGAUUCCGCUCGAUGGCUUCAAGAUUAACUUUGUCGAGGCCAUGUCGGUGGGCGCCACGCUGUCGGCCACGGACCCAGUCACCAUUCUGGCCAUCUUCGACACGUACAAGGUAGAGCCCAAGCUGUACACGCUCAUCUUUGGCGAGUCCAUUCUCAACGAUGCCGUCGCCAUUGUCUUGUUCGAGACGGCCCAAAAGUACAAGGAUGGCGCAGAGUCGCUCGGCAUCCUCAGCCUGUUCGAGGCCUUUGGCAUCUUCUUUGGUGUCUUCUUUGGCAGUCUAUUCAUCGGUGUCACGGUCGGCAUUGCCGUCUCUCUGAUGCUCAAGUUCACCUAUGUCCGGCGCUUCCCCAAGACGGAGAGCUGUCUGAUCAUCCUCACGGCAUACUUGACCUACUUCAUGUCCAAUGCCAUCCACAUGUCGGGUAUCGUCUCGCUGCUAUUCUGCGGUAUUUGCAUGAAGCACUACGCCUACCACAACAUGUCGAGGCGAACACAGCUCACGACCAAGUUUGUGUUCCAAGUCACUUCGCAAAUCUCGGAGAACUUCAUCUUCAUCUACCUAGGCCUUUCGCUCUUUACCGACGACAAGCUCGACUACAAGCCACUGUUUAUUCUCAUCACCGUCGCUGGCAUCUGCGCAGCUCGAUGGUGCGCAGUGUUCCCGCUCUCGAGGAUUAUCAAUUCUGUUACCCGCUACCGCCAGCGCCGACGCGGAGACGAGCUUGUUGAAGAGAUUCCUUGGGCCCAUCAGGCCAUGAUUUACUGGGCGGGUCUCCGUGGUGCCGUCGGUGUGGCGCUCGCUGCAGGUCUCACGGGUAACACCGGCGAUACUUUGCGAGCCACAGUCCUUGUUGUAGUCGUCUUGACAGUCAUCAUCUUUGGAGGCACCACUGCGCGUAUGCUGGAGAUUCUCGGCAUUCGCACAGGAAUCGUCGAGGAGAUUGACAGCGAUGACGAGUUUGACAUUGAGGUUGUGAAUGGCGGCACUUAUUCCCGCAAACAGGGUCAAGGCUACGGUCACACUCCACGGCCCAACCAGGGCUCAUUCAACCUCAACAACGUCAACGGCCGAGACGGUGCUUCGUACUCUAGUGGAUCGCGAAGCCGCAACAGUCCACCCACUCGACCCAAUGGCGCUACGCGCCGCGGUUCAAGCCACGUGCGCGCCCGCGACGGCGCAGACCAAGGUCUCCUCAGCCCCGCCGACAGUGGCUCCGCCGACGAAGACGACAUUGAUCUCGACCUUCCCCCCAGCGCCCGCCGCUCCCCAAACCGCGCCGCGUCACCCUUGGCAUCCGCCGCCGAGCCAUCAACAACACCCUACCCAACGUCUGGCCACCGGCCCCCCGAAGGCCCAGGCAGAGUCGCCACAGCCACAGGCGCAGUAAAGCAGCUCAUUAGUGAAAUCAGUCAUGAUCCUGCAAACGCUUUCAGACAGAUUGACGAUGGUUUCCUCAAGCCGCAUUUGCUGCUGGAUCCCGGUAAAGGACCGGGUAGUGGCGGGUCUAAUGUUUGAAUGUUUCUUUUUUCUUUGUCUGUUCAUCCGUGUAACCAUAGUUGGGGCACUGUAAGUGUAUAACCUUCACACCUACAUAGACGUCGCAACAAACGUGUUAAUUGAGGCGAAAACGCGGUUAUCCGGAGCAUUUGUGGCGUUUUCUUGUUCUUUCUUUCUUUCU